GAAAGCUGACAGCUGCAGAAUCGCAUCGCAUCAGUCAUCCCCGCAGAGAACAAAACAAAACGACGCCACAUCAGUGCUUCUUGACUGUGGCAAAACAUCCACCGCGGCUUCAACCUUUUUUUAACGGCAAGUGAGAAAGAAAGUAAACGCAAAACCGCAGAAUCUGUGUGCAGAAACGAAGAUAAAGCGGAUUAUUUUCUGACGUAUCAUUGCAAGAAAUAAAAAUCGGCACACGCACAUCAAGAGGAAGAAAAGUAGGAUCAGAGUCUGUGCUGGUGGCAGAGGAAAAAAAACAGCAAAGAACAAGAGUGCCAAGUGCAGGAAGAACCUCCAGUCAGUCAUCAGUAGGAGGAAAAUCGAGAUUGAAAAUUCCACGUUUUUUUUCCGGUCGUGAGGUUUAACUAGUGGAUUUCUGGAGGACGACUCCCGCAUAUUGACAAAAUGAUGCAACUUCGAGUGGGGCGAAUUGCGACGCUGCUGGUGGUGCUUGGGGCAAUCGGAUGGAUCGGUCCAAUCCGGGCGGCCAAAUCGCAGGUGAUCGAACUGGACGAGAGCAACUGGGACCGGAUGCUGACCGAAGAAUGGCUGGUGGAAUUCUACGCCCCCUGGUGUCCAGCCUGUAAAAAUCUCGCUCCGGUCUGGGAUGAUCUCUCCACCUGGUCUGACGAUUUAAGCAUCAAAACAGCUAAGGUCGACGUGACGACUUCACCCGGACUGAGCGGAAGGUUUUUCGUGACGGCUCUGCCAACCAUUUUCCACGUCUUGAACGGAGAGUUCCGCCAGUACAAGGGACCGCGUGAUCUGAACUCGCUGAUGACCUUCAUCGAGGAGAAGAAAUGGCAACAGCUGGAACCGGUGUCGGCCUGGAGCAAACCAGACUCCAUCCAGAUGUCGCUGGUGUCGCAGUUCUUCAAGUUGUCCCACUUUUUGAAAGUAAGUAAAGACUACAUCAAGGAAGUGAACACAAUGCUGUCCAAGGAAUACGGUCUCCCGGUCUGGGGAUCGUACGCUCUGUUCGCCAUCGGAACCAUUCUGCUCGGUGCCAUUCUCGGUUUGAUCCUGGUUUGCGUGAUUGACUUUAUGUUCCCUCCGAAAUCCGCCCAACGCAAGAGCUUCUCCGAACAUAAGCAGAACCUCAAAAACGAACAGAUAGCCGAAGAGAUCAAGGGUGACGAAUUGGAAGAUGAAGACGAACAAGCCGGAACCGGUGUUCAAGAUGAGGAAGAGGAAGACGAAACCAACGAAACGUCAGAGGGGGAGAAAAACUCCGGAUCCGACUCUGAGGAAGAAAGCGAACCAAAGGAAGAGGAGAAAGAAGAGAAAGUCGUCACACCAGCCGCCCCACCAAGUCCCAAAGAGGAAGCCAAAAAGAAGGACACCAAUGCCGGAAGUCCGGACGUUCGAAAGCGCAAAUCUCGAAAGGCCGAUUGAACGUAAUUCAGCCAAACCCCAAUUCUCGAUUAACGCCCAGGAAUAGAACAGAAAGACUUAGGAAUACGGUAGCAGAACAGCAGCACAGAUGAGGAAGGGAGAAGAAGCAGGACCACUUGAGUUAUCCUCAUCCGGAGGAAAUCCUUAACCAGAUCACAACCACACUCACUCACACACACACACAGACGGACAUCCCAACUGAGAGUUUAAAGUGUUUCACAAUCACACAUUAAGUCAGCAUAAGUAAAAAAGAAAAAGCAUUUACGUAGGACAAAACAAAUAGCGAUUAACAUAAUCUCUUCGUAUUUCUACAUCGUUUUCGUGAUAACUAGCGCUAACCAACUGAUAAUUCCGUUUGUUUCGUUCCAAAAGCUUGUGCGUGAAAUUCGUUUAAUUCAUUUAUAUUCUAAGUCUCUGCUUAUUUCACCAUACUUUAGUCAGUCGCUUCCCUUUGCGGAUUUUCUAUUGAUAUUUACUUAUAUACUUAAAUUUAACUAAAAGAAAAAAAACGAAGAUAUUUUUCGAACGUGUGUUGUAGGUUAACUGAGCAUCUAUUAGUUGUGCACUCGCGAAGCGUCGAGUGCUUGAGUCAUCAAAAGAGCGGAAAAUAACGCAAGAGAGACGAGUUGCUUUCCGCGUAAUCGCUGUUAUCUAUUGAAACUAUCUACAAAACCAGUUUACUAACGUAAGUGUUAGUUUUAAGAGUAUAUCUAUUUGCAGAAAAAAAGGGAAGAAAAAUGUGAAAAUUGGUAGGCUAUAACAUCAACCCUUGCGUCAGCUCAGUUCAGCUGGCAUAUGUUUGUCACGUUAAGUUAAUAAAGUCGGAAAUAAAGAGCACUUUUUUCGAACGUU